AUGGUCCAACUUGACGUCGAGAAGACGCUCUCGGAGCUUGAUUUGUCGGAAAAGGUUGCCAUUACAGCUGGUGCUGAUUUCUGGCACACGGUGCCCAUUCCUCGCCUCAACAUCCCCGAAAUUCGAUGCUCUGACGGCCCUAAUGGAGUCCGAGGUACUCGCUUCUUCAACGGCGUUCCUGCCGCAUGCUUGCCAUGCUCGACUGCCCUAGGGUCGACCUGGAACGUUGAGCUCUUGGAGAGCAUUGGAGAGCUCCUAGGCGACGAAGCCAGAGCCAAGGGUGCUCACGUUCUCCUCGGCCCCACCAUCAAUAUACAGAGGUCGCCUCUUGGUGGCAGAGGCUUCGAGUCAUUCUCCGAAGAUGGAGUCUUGUCCGGGACACUGGCUGGAUACUAUUGCAAAGGUGUGCAGUCCAAGAAAGUCGGCGCUACGCUCAAGCACUUUGUGUGCAAUGACCAGGAACACGAGAGACUGGCCGUCGACACCAUCGUGACUGCAAGAGCCCUCAGGGAGAUAUACCUCCUCCCAUUUCAACUGGCCUUGAGAAUCUGCAAAACUGCCUGUUUCAUGACCGCUUACAACAAGAUCAAUGGUACCCAUGUCAGCGAAAGCCGCAACAUUCUUGAGGAUAUACUACGCGACGAAUGGAAGUGGAAAGGUUUGAUCAUGAGCGAUUGGUUCGGCACAUACAGCACAUCCGACGCCAUCACUGCCGGGCUCGACCUUGAAAUGCCCGGCCCUACCCGCUGGCGUGGAAGCAUUCUUGCACAUGCCGUAAACUCCAGAAAAGUCCCCGACCAUGUUCUGGACGAACGAGUACGAAAUGUGCUAGAUCUAAUCAACUAUGCCGACAAGUCAGGAAUCCCAGAAGAUGCCGAGGAAAAGGAACUCAACCGACCCGAGGACCAAAAGCUUCUCCGUCGAGCAGCAGCAGAGUCUAUUGUGCUCCUACGCAACAACAAGAGUGUACUGCCAUUUGAUAAAAACAAACCAGUCGCAGUAAUUGGGCCCAAUAGCAAGGUUUCCACGUACUGCGGCGGUGGUUCUGCUGCUCUGCUAGCUUAUUACGCGGUGACCCCAUUCGAAGGCAUCAGCAAGGCAAGCCAGGCAGAUGUUAGCUUCGCCCAGGGUGCUUAUGCCCAUCAAUCACUACCUCCGCUUGGGCCUCUUCUUAAGACAACUUCUGGGAAGAAAGGUUUUGACUUCAAGGUCUACAACGAAGCGCCAGGUGAGACGAAAGGUGAUGUUUUAGAUCACUUGACGUUGGUUAACUCCACUGCCUUUCUCGCCGACUACAAAAAUCCCAAAGUCAAGUCAGACUUGUUCUAUGUCGACAUUGAAGGGAUUUUCACUCCAGAAGAGGACGGCCUGUACGACUUUGGCGUCACAGUCAUCGGCACAGGAAAGCUGUUUGUUGAUGGUGAACUCGUCGUUGAUAACUUCACCAAGCAGAAGAAGGGAUUUGCCUUUUUCGGAAGCGCGACUGUGGAGGAACGGGGCUCGAAGGAACUCAAGGCCGGUGUUUCAUAUCAAAUUCGGUUUGAGUACGGCACUAGACCGACUUCCAAGUUGGAAAACCGAGGCGUAGUAGACUUUGGGCCCGGUGGCUUUGCAUUCGGAGCUUGUAAGCGCCGUGAACUGCAAGACUCGAUUCAAGAGGCUGUAGAUCUCGCUUCCAAGACCGAGCAAGUUCUCAUCGUGGCCGGCCUCAACGGAGAAUGGGAAACCGAGGGAUAUGACCGGGAGCACAUGGAUCUGCCGCCGGGGACAGACGAGUUGAUCUCUCGCGUGCUCGAUGCUAACCCUAACGCUGCCGUUGUGAUCCAAAGCGGAACCCCUGUCACCAUGCCCUGGGCCCACAAAGCCAAUGUUCUCGCCCAGGCGUGGUUUGGAGGAAACGAGCUUGGCAACGGUAUUGCCGAUGUCCUGUACGGCGAUGUUAAUCCUUCUGGAAAGCUGUCUCUGAGCUUCCCAGUUCGCCUACAGGAUAAUCCAUCAUAUAUUAACUUUGGCUCUGAAAGAGGCCGCGUGUUAUAUGGAGAAGAUAUCUAUGUCGGAUACCGCUACUACGAAAAAACGGAGUUGCAGCCUUUGUUUCCUUUCGGCUACGGACUUUCGUAUACUACCUUCUCACGAACCAUCGUGUCUCUGGAGGUAGCUCCGGAGAAGUCCACUUUGGCUGAUGGCGAGACUAUUACAGCAACGAUAACCGUUGCAAACACCGGAAAGACCGCGGGAGCUGAAGUUGUACAGCUCUGGGUCAAGCCCCCAGUCACCACAGGCAUCAAACGACCAGUGCGCGAAUUGAAGGGGUUCACUAAAGUCUUUCUGCAGCCGGGAGAGAAUCAAGAUGUCCAAAUAACUGUGGAGAAGAAACUGGCCACUAGCUUCUGGGAUGAGAUCCGGCAGUCUUGGGCAUCCGUCAAGGGCGAGUACACGAUUCUCAUCACUGGUACUGGAGAAGAUACACUGUCUGCCACGUUUGAAGUUGAGAAUACACGUUAUUGGCUGGGUCUAUAG